GCAUACGGGCCAGGCGGCGGUGUGGCGCAUGCGCGUGAGUGGAGCGGCUACCUGGCUAAGCUAACCUAUCUGAGGGGAUUUGUAAUCGUGAGUGAACUUGAAUGUUCCUGGGGCGCUCUUUCUUCAGGAUGUCUGGCCACACCCCCUCAAUCGUGAGACUGGAACAGCGAGCGGCAGAGGCCGACCACAUCAUUGAGUACCUCAAGGAGCAAGUCCAGCUGCUGAAGCAAAAAGCCAUUGUGCAGGCCACUGUCAGAGAGGAGAAGAAACUGAUGGUGGAGAAUGCCAAGCUGAAGAAGGACAUUGAGGAGCUGAAGAGGCAACUUCUGGAGAAGGAAAGACGAAGAGGAGUGAGAGAGGUGGCCAUGCCAGCAGCAGACUCCACGAUCCAGUGCGUCUCUGAGCACUCUGCACCAGAGCCUCCUGCUCCUCCACCCACCACUGCACCUGCCUCCGCUGCUAAAAAGACUCCACUUGCCAAUGAUGAGGCCAAGAAGAAAGUGAAACAGGAGAAAAAAGAGAAACAGGAGAAGAAGGCCGCCGCCCCCCAGGACGAGCCUAAGGUGGACGUGUCUCGGCUGGACCUGCGCGUGGGCCGCAUCCUCUUGGCCCAGAAGCACCCCGACGCCGACAGCCUGUACGUGGAGCAGGUGGACGUGGGCGAGGCAACACCCCGCACCGUUGUCAGUGGCCUGGUUAAACACGUCCCCCUAGAGCAGAUGCAGAAUCGCAUGGCAGUGCUUCUGUGUAACCUGAAGCCGGCGAGAUGAGGGGGCGUCUUGUCUCAGGCUAUGGUUAUGUGCGCCAGCUCCCCAGACAAAGUGGAGAUCCUGGACCCUCCCAGCGGCUCCGUGCCAGGGGACAGAGUCACCUUCCAGGGUUUUCCAGGAGAGCCUGACAAGGAGCUGAACCCCAAGAAGAAAGUGUGGGAGCAGGUGCAGCCGGACCUGUGCACUGACGCCCAGUGCGUGGCCACGUACAGGGGCGCUGCCUUUGAAGUGGCGGGAAAAGGUGUGUGCAAAGCCCAAUCCAUGAGCAACAGUGGGAUCAAAUGAGGCCUCUGGGUCGUAGGAGCUCCCAGCUGACCUAAGCCUUGGGACUUGUAUGUCUUCUGAUGGUACUAUUAAAGGAGGAAAAAAUCAUUAAUAAAUGAUUUGUUUAAACAUUA